AAAUCUAGAGAGAAAUGUGCUGCAGGAUGUCCCGCAAAAACAAAAGUUUUUGCAGUUUAAUAAACUUUUCCCAUGUUUUUAGAUAGCACACAUUAGGAAAUGACAUUUAAAACCCAGGUUACAUAGCACAACCGAACACAAACUUACACUAGUGUUCACUUACAAAACCACAACAACUGGUGAAGCUAUGCUACAGACUGUCCUGUCUGUUGAUUUUUGUGCCUUAUUUCCCUGCUUCCUUUAGAUCACACUAUAUAUGAUCCCAUCCCAUUGAGCCAGGGUAGUUCAAGUGCCACCAAAGUGCAUGAAUGCUACAGUGUGGAUGCAGUUUUCUCAAAUUUCUUAAACUGAGAAGAAAGGGAGAAGGAGAAGGGGAGUGGCAGUGCAGUUCAGACCAGACUGGGAAGAAAAAGGGAGAUGAUGGAGAGAUAGACUGGCACUGGGCCAUAAAGGGAGGGCUGCCACUUGCCCAGCCCCACCUCCCUCGCUCGCUCUCCUCCUUCUCCUCCUCUUUCAUUCCCUCCAUCCAGACCCUUCAGGGCAGCAUUGACUGCAGCUGAUCCAGAGCCUUGUGCCAGGAAGUGCCUUCUUUUGCAGAGGAGCCCCUCUCAAGCCCUGGUCCAAGGAGAGCGAGAAGGAGGGAAGUGAUGGCACACUCGGAUCCCCUCCCGGAACUGGACGAGGCUGAUGCUCUCUUGCCAUUCAGCGAUGAUGCUGCAAGGACGGCACUUGUGGCGGAUGAUGCCUCUGAGAUGCUUUGCAUGGACAAUUCCAAUGGACCAGAAGGAGACGGAAGUAUAGGAGACCUGGUGGAGCUCCAGGAAGCGUUGAUGGGCCAGGACCUGGAUGUGGAAGAGCACGAACUCAUGAGCAUCGAGGAAAUCGGAGAGCGUUUCCAGGAGUGCAUCGAAGCAGUGGAAGAGCUGGAGAAGGAGAGGGACCGGCUGAUCGAGGAGCUCUCUCUCCUAAGGGAGCCGGCCCUCGAGGAGAUCCGGAAGGCCCACCAAGAGAUCCUGGAGGCCUACCGGUUGCAUGCCAAAGUGGAGCUGGAGAGGAGCAGCCUGCGGGACGAGAUCCGGCAAGUGAAGCGGAAACUGUUCCGGGUGACCCGGGAGUGCGUGGCCUGCCAGUACCAGCUGGAGACCCAGCGGCAUGAGGUGGCCCAGUCGGCCGUCUACCAGGAGGAGCUGGAAGGCCGGAUCCGGCAACUCUCGGAGGAGCUGUCCCAGCUGCGGGAGGCCUGUGAGAAGGAGAAAGAGCGCUUCCGGCAGCGAUUGAGGGCCCCUCGGCACCGCAGGGACAGUGUCUACCUGCAGGAGAGCCGCCGCCUGUCCGCAGAGUUCGAAAGCUUUGUCCUGGAGAGCCGGCAAAGCCUGGAGGAACAUUACGAGCCCAGGAUGAUGCGCCUCCUGGAGCGGCGGGAGGCCAGCCGUGUGGCUCUGCGGGAGACACAAGGAGAGGUCCACAGGCUCAAGGAGGCACUGCGGCCGCUGCGGGGAGAGGUCAGCCAGCUCCAGCUCCAAAACCGGAGCCUGGAGGAGCAGAUCCUGCUCAUCCGGCAGAAGCGGGACGAAGACGUGCUGCAGUACAAGGAGCAAGUAGAGGAGAUGGAAGAAAGGCUGAGAGAGCUCAAAAACGAAGUGCAGCUCCAGCAGCGGAAAAACCAAGAAUUGGAAGAGCUGAGGGCCAGCUUACACCAGGAGCUAUCCAUUUACAAGGACUGCUUAGAAAUCUAUGGACAGCUCUGCAAGUCCAAAUCUGAGGACAAUACUGAAUCAUGAACUCACAAGCCUGGAUAGUCUUCCUCUUAUUUACAAUUGCAGUACUGAGUAGUAGCCACUGGGAAAGAAGUCAACUAUGAUGGAUUCCAUCAUUUUAUACAUCAAGGAGUUGAGUGAUCUUCUCAAUUUUGGGAGCUACGCUGGACAGAGAUCAUUGCAACAGAUAUGUGUUAUGCAGAACUCUGUGUGAAAAAAGAUGGGCCUAAAUCCUACUUAGUUCAGACUAGACCCACCAAAUCAAUGCAAUUGAGUCAUAUUUACUAUUUCAUCUAGUGGAUCUGUUUUCAUUGGGACUAAUCAACAGGAUUCAGGCCUGGCCUCAAGAACAGCUCCAUAUUAAAAAGACUGUCUGCCAACAUGUUUGCCAACAUUGCUUUAUUUUUGUCCUUCAAGCCAUCUGCUUGUAAUUGGAACCUGUUAUGAAACAAGAAACUGAAAUAGAAUUAAAUGUUUUUAUAAACAUGUCUUUUGAAACAA